AUGACCCCGUAUUCCCCAGAAUCCAACACGAGGCGGGGAGUCGCCAUCGCUGCAAGUGAUGCUCACCUCGGGGAGCCUUCGGCGAAGCGUCAAAGGCGUGACACGAAUGAUCACCCAACGUCCGGCGGAACAAACAGGCGGCAAGCAGCCUGCCAGCCGUGUCGGUUGCGCAAGGUGAAGUGUGACAAGAAACGACCACUGUGUGGCCUAUGCAAACUCAGUGGUCAACCAUGCGAGUAUAUCGGCGAGGCGAAUGACAAGCUCAGUCUUGAAACAGCUACGGCCACGCUGCUAGAGCGCUUCGAUCAGCUGCGUCAAGAAUUUGAGACAGUAAAGGAUGCAUUGCACAACCAAGACCUUCCGCCGCGUGCUCGCGUAGACUCUGGCGUGACUGUAUCUGAGAACCCCCUCGAACUUAAUCACACAGUUCCUCGCGCUGCGUCUGUAGAGGCAUCCAGAGAUUUUCUUCAGAUACCACCUCACAGAGCCAGCGCCGACACCGUCUUGCAAUGGGGCAUCUUUGAUCAAAAGUAUCCCGCAAACUCCUUAAUUGGAGGAUUGUUCAGCCCAGAUCAUAACGACGUGUCACUCUCGACUGGGGCAAGCUCGAGCCCUUCUGGGGAUCUCAUCACCAAUACGCCAGGGCUCAGUUACCUCGAGGAGGAACAAAUACCUGGCCUCAUUGAUAGAUUCCUGCAAAAUGUUCACACCAAGAAUCCGAUACUUGAUGUCGAAGCUUUAGUAAAGCAUGGGAGGAAAUGCGCAGAGCAGGGCGUGGGUUGGGAUGGCAGAUCCUGUUUAGUCCUCAUGGCGUGUGCUCUUGGUGCAGUGGCGAAGCCCUUUGAUAGAUCAGUCCGCCCCAUGUCCAUGGCAAUUUCUCCUGUAAGUGAGACAGGCCCAAUCAACGUAUCGGCCACUUCUUCCUCGAAACUGUACGCCAAGGAGCUGCAACAGGGCGAUUGUUGCUUCACGUUGGCCUGUCGGCGUUUAGGAUCAUUGAAGUACUCAAUGCUCGGUGCACAGUGCCAUUUCUUCGCUGGUGUAUAUCUCAUGUAUACUCUGCGGCCGAUGCUGUCAUGGCAUUAUUUUCUUCAUGCCUCGAUAUUUUGCCAGAUGUACUUGAAGAUGACUCAUGGCUUGUCAGGAAACUUCACGGAAGUGCUGGGUGAUUCAUAUCAACGAUCCACAUCGACAGAGCGUAAGUCUCGGCGUUUGGAACAAAGCUUGUACUGGUCCUGCUUCAAAUCAGAGUGCGAGUUUCGUGUUGAACUACCGCUUCAACAAUCCGAAAUCAGUCUUGGAGAAUACCCAGACCUGUUUCCAUCGCCUCCAUCACCAGUUAGCACUGACCAACAAGGUGCAAGUCAGUCAGUCUCGGCGUAUGGUGAGAAUCCGUUAAUCACUGACGAAGCCACUGAACUACGGCAGCAUGCUGUUCGGCUGUGCAAUGAAGAGGAAAGCUGGUACUAUUAUCUCACCGAGAUUGCGCUUCGCCGCAUUGGCAAUCGAAUCGUCAACACCUUUUUCAGACAAGAAAAAUCGUCGUGGCUGAAUAUCAAGCCCCUCCUGCGUAUGGCGCAAGAGUUUGAAGCGCAGGUAUCUUCUUGGUCAGCUCAUCUUCCUCCGGCCAUGCAGCAUUAUGAGACCACAUUUAUUAUUCGAGCACCCGACUCAACCGUAAAAGGGGCUGGCAGCCACGUAUCCAGAGAACUCAGCUGGGCCAUCGACAAUCGUCUCCUUGAGAUGCAGACGUGGUUAUAUCAGCCCUUCUUGUAUUAUUUGAUUCAUGCUGGCUCUGACCAUGCAGCCGAGGCUACUGGAGUCACGACGGCCACUGGACAACAGCCUCGAAUUAGCAGUCUGCUGAAUCCAUUCUCGCCGCCGACUCUUGUAGCCAGCCCCGGCUCAGCCAGUGUUCCUGGGUCAUCUCCUCUGAACACUGAAGAUCUUGCCGUCCUUCACUCUCUUAUAUCGUCGGGCAUAGAAUGCCUUAUUAAAACGAUUGAUGUUCGUGCUCGUGGCCAUCGUCAUCACGGUUUAUGGUAUGACCUUCGCAGCAUCAUGUGCGCAGCCCUCAUACUGCUUGCAGUAGUGAAGAGCGGCAAUGCGGCUUGGAUCCCAGGAGGAACAGAGACGCUCUGGGGAGGUCAUCCUUCGUCGGACUAUUGGACAGGAGCUGGCGCCCCGAUCGGGGGUAAGAUUGCAAAGGUCCUGUGUCAGUUCGAUUUCUGGGCUGGAGAGUCCCCGGAUCUGCUGCGAUAUAAAGAGGUUCUUGAGACGGUGGUGAGAGACGUCAGAGGAUCCUAG